ACUGUCACACCUAAUAUGAAAGUCAACAUAUGGGAAAUAAAGCCUCCUGACUUCAGUUAUAAACUGUACACAUCUUUGAGAUUUCCAAAAAGGCCAUCAAGGACCAUCAAGGAGGAACAAAGGAGGAAAAAAGGCAAUUUCUCAGAAACAAAGUUUCACCUGCCCAUCAUAAGCGAUCAUUCUAAGAAUGCUGCAUCUCCUAAGUUUAUAACUACAUUUCCACACCUGGAUUCACAUAAGGCAAAGCUAUUGUUUGUGAAGAGUGGAAAAUAUUCAAAUGGUGUAUACUGCAAUCCAAAACCACAUGACUUUCGACAGUACCAGCAUAAUUUACCAAACUUUGUGACAACUUAUGAAAAGGACCCUUUUGGAUUAAAAUUUAAGUCACAACACUUAAGUACAGUUCAUGGGUGUCAAUUCCUGAAAGAUGAUAAUCAGAAAAAAAAUACUGGAAGAUUUAUCACCUACAAGCCUCGUGAAUGCACCUGGGAUUCAAAACUAAUUUUACCCAAAUCCCCGUGGCCCAUUAAAUCUGCCUCAUACACGAGACACAAAGUACAGCGUGAUGUGUACAGUGCAUUUAUGGAUCGUGUGGAAGAAAAGUUUACUUACACUUGCAAGAACAGGUAUGCAAAAGAUUUAAGAUUUGUUGUUGGACACGUUCGUUAA